AUGCACAAUGCAGAAACACCCAUUUGUAAUGAUUAUCAAUACAACAGUUCAUUUAUAUCAAAGAAAAUUAAAGAAUUAAUUAAAGAUGUUGAAGAAGAUAAAAAAAAAUAUCUUGAAUCUGACAAGAAUGAUUUUCAAAAACAACCAACAACGACAACCACGGAACCAACAACGGCAACUACAGAACCAACAACCACAACUACCGAACCAACAACUACGACUACCGAACCAACAACGACAACCACGGAACCAACAACGACAACUACAGAACCAACAAACUCAACCACGAAACCAACAACACCAACUCCUGAACCAACAACCACAACUACAGAACCAACAACAACAACAACAAAACCAACAACGACAACGACAAACCACAACCAAACUACAGAACCAAAAACCCCAACUCCUGAACCAACACCAACAACCAAGAAACCAGCACCAACAACUACAGAACCAACAACCACAACUCCUGAGCCGACAACGACAACCACGAAACCAACAACGACAACCACGAAACCAACAACCACAACCACGGAACCAACAACGGCAACUACAGAACCAACAACCACAACUACCGAACCAACAACUACGACUACCGAACCAACAACCACAACCACGGAACAGACAACUACAACUCCUGAACCGACAACGACAACCUCGAAACCAACAACCCCAACUACGGAACCAUCAACCCCAACGACGGAACCGACAACACCAACUUCUGAACCAACAACCACAACCACGGAACCAACAACCACAACGACAGAACCAACAACCACAACGACAGAACCAACAACCACAACCACGGAACCAACAACCACAACCACGGAAAAGCCAAAAAAAAUCAUAAACGAAUGUCCUGUCUAUGAAGAACUUGGUCCUUGUUUAUGUUAUCCAUCAUCUAAAACAAUAAUUUGUCCAAAUCUAAAUCAUUCAUUCAUCGCGGAGUCAUAUAAUUUUUCAAAAUUUAUAAUUGAGAAUCAAACCGGUGUAAAAAAAUUGGAUUGGCCAGAUAAUGUUAAUAUUCAUGUGGAACAACUAAUUAUUCAGAAGAUGCGAUUUCGUAACAAUCGAUGCUCAAGUAUUGAAUAUUAAUGGCUUAAAAACUUUAACAAUAAUUGAUAUGCCUCAUCUAAUUUUGAACAUCAGUAUGAUUAAUAUUGAAUUAUCUACACUGAUAAUAUACAACAUUUCUCGAAUCGAUCAGAUAAUUACAUUGCAAAAACUAAAUGGUCUAAAUGAAUUGACAAUCGGACACGUAACUGGAUUUCCUUCCGGUCAAUUUGAAUUAUCUUUUCAUUCGAUAAGAUAUCUGGCCAUUAUCGAUACAGAUCUCAAUGGAAUAUUCACACUAGAAACAGGAAACAAUUGUCAAGAAAUAAUUCUCAAACAAAAUAAUCAAUUAAAAUGGUUAAAUAUUACCGAUUUAGAAAUAAAAAUGAUAUUUUUGUAAAGAAAAGUAAACAACAACCUAUAAUGAUCAAUUUGUCUGACAAUGAAAAUUUCGAUCCACAAUUUCUUCUUUACAUUGCAAACAUUUUCAAUCAAACUCAAUCCAACAAUCAGAAUCCAUCAAUUAUGAUACGUAUGAAUCAUGUACCCGUUCAAUGUGAUAAUUGUACAUUAUAUAAAUUAACUAAUAGACACAAAUCAACAUUACGAUUGUUAAAUGUAUACUGUAAAGAUGUUGGGGAAUAUCUAGAAUAUCUUGGACCAAAAUGUCGUGAAUAGAGAAUAAAAAUUUAUUGAUCAAAUCUGGUAA